GUGAGGAGGAGCCGACACAGACUGACAGAGCGCCUGCAGAGUGUAGUAGGGACGAGCAGUGACACACAGACAGGGCGGCCUCAGGGCUCCCCGGUAACGGCAGCAUGGUGUUUGAGUCUGUGGUAGUGGAUGUGCUGAACCGCUUCCUCGGGGAUUAUGUGGUGAAUCUGGACAGCUCGCAGCUCAAGCUGGGAAUAUGGGGUGGUGCAGUAGCAUUGAAGAAUUUAGAAAUUAAAGAAAAUGCACUGAGUCAGCUGGAUGUGCCAUUUAAAGUGAAAGCCGGCCAUAUUGAAAAACUCGACCUUAAAAUCCCUUGGAAGAAUCUUUACACCCAACCAGUGGAGGCCAUUUUGGAUGGUGUAUAUUUACUUAUAGUGCCUAUAGCUAGCAUAAAAUAUGAUGCAGAGAAAGAAGAGAAGCAAUUCCUGGAAGCCAAACAAAGGGAACUUCUGCGCAUUGAAGAGGCGAAACAGAAGGUUGCUGAUCAGGAAAAACCAAAAGAAGAAAGGCAGGACACUUUUGUAGAGAAAUUAGUAACUCAGGUCAUCAAGAAUCUUCAGGUGAAGAUUUCGAACAUUCACAUCCGUUAUGAAGAUGAUAUGACUAAUCCUGAAUGUCCUCUGUCAUUUGGAGUAUCUCUUCAGAAUCUCAGUUUGCAGACAUCAGAUAAAAAUUGGAAUCCAUGUUUGCAUGAUGAUUCUGCCAAGUUGUUUUACAAGGUUGUACGACUUGAUAAUUUGUUUGCUUACUGGAAUGUGAAAUCAGCAAUGUAUUACCAUCACAGUUACAAUGAAGCUUUGGGCACUCUAAAGCAUGGGGUUGCCUCUCAAAACACGAUUCCAGAAGGGUAUGAUUUUGUAUUCCGGCCAAUUUCAGGAAGAGCAAAACUUCGUAUGAACCCUCGCUCUGAUGUUGACUUUUCUUCACCAAAAAUAGACUUGAAUGUGAAUCUUCAGGAUAUAGCAAUUGAGUUUAAUAAACCACAGUACCACAGUGUCAUGGAGCUUCUAGAGUCUAUUGACAUGAUGUCCCGUAAUCUCCCAUAUCGAAAGUUCAGACCUGUUGUUUGUGUUCACGACAAUGCGCUGAAAUGGUGGAAAUAUGCCAUAAAUGGUAUCCUUGAAGUAAAUGUGAAACCGGGCCUUCACAUGUGGUCAUGGAGGCACAUUCGGAGACACAGACAGGCAGUUAAGCGAUACAAAGAAGUAUACAAGUCGAAGAUUACCACUAAGAAGCCUUCGGAGGAUGUACUAUGUGUUUGUGAGGAUCAUGAGAAGACCCUGGACAUAUUUAACAUAACUCUAGCACGGCAACAAGCAGAAGUGGAGGCAUGCAAAUCUGGUCUUAAAAUAUUUAAGGCGGGAGCUAAAGAUGAUGACAGUAACUCAAAUGGAUGGUUUGGCUGGAUGUGGGGCUGGUCUGGCGAAAACCCAGAAAAGAAGGUGGAGACAAAAUCUGGAGGUCUUCAAGAAUUGAUGACACCUGAAGAAAAAAACAAACUGUUUGCUGCUAUUGGAUACAGUGAAACUGCUGUAGACCCAACUUUACCAAAAUCAUAUGAGGCCAUGAUUGUAUGUGUCAAACUGCUAAGCAUGUCGGUUCAGUUACGAGAAGAUAAGGGGAAACCUGAACUGAUCAAUUUAGCCAUUACAGAUUUGAGCACAAUACUAAAACAACGACCAGGAGCACAAGCACUUAAACUGGAAGUUGAGAUUGGCACAUUUGAAGCUACUGGCACACGGCAAGAAAAGUCUGUACCAUGCCUUCUGUCAUCCCGGAACAUUGUAAUGGAGAAUAACGUCACACUUUUAAGCCUUAUGUUUGAAACCAAUCCAUUGGACGAACUCGCUGACCAAAGACUACGGGUGGAGUCUCAGCCACUAGAAAUAAUAUAUGAUGCAAAAACAAUCAACAGUUUAGCAGAUUUCUUCCGGCCUCCUCAAAAUGUCCAUCUGGAACAGCUGACCUCUGCAACGUUGACAAAAUUGGAAGAGUUCAGGGACAAAACAUCAACAGGUUUACUGUACGUUAUUGAAACACAAAAAGUCCUUGACUUGAAAAUUAACCUCAUGGCUUCAUAUAUCCUUAUACCACAAAAUGGCUUUUAUGAACCAGAGUCAAACUUACUCAUUCUAGAUCUUGGUAGCUUAAAGAUGUCCAGCAAAAGUCGGUCUAACCUUCCUCAACUGAAAAUAGGUCAGCACAGCAUAGAGGAUAUUAUGUCACGGGCAUAUGACAGUUUUGACGUGCAACUCAGCAGCAUGCAACUUCUUUACAGCAAACUCCAUGAAAAUUGGAAAGAAGCUCGCAAAUUGAAACAUUCCUCACAGCAUAUUUUAGAACCAAUGGAUCUGAACGUGGAUUUCAACAGAGCCAUGGUGGUGACUGAUGCCAGGAUGCCUAAAUUUAAAUUAUUUGGACAGCUACCUUUACUGUGCCUACGAAUUUCUGACCAAAAACUGAGAGGCGUCUUGGAACUCAUUGAUAGCAUUCCCAAACCAGAAAGCCCCCCUGCACCACAAUCUUCUCCUAAAAAAGCGGAAAAAUCACCAUUGAGCAAUCCUCCACUUCUUCAAAGACGGCCUGCUUUGAUGGACUGUCCUUCCAUUAUGGAGCCUGAUUUAGAGUCUGAAGAGGAAUUUUAUGAUGCGCCUACCAGUCCCGUUGAAGAAAUGGCAAUGUUUGACUUCUCAAACCGUUCGCUGGCGAGAUCUGAUAGCAUGAGAAGAAAAAAACUAACAAAGCAGGAGACUUUGAAAAACAUGACAGAAUUUCAGAUGAGAUUUGAGAUACCAGAGGUGAUCCUUGAGUUGUGUAGUCUGACUGAACAUGUUGAAGAAACUGUUCUACAGAUGGAUAUUUUGGGGCUGGGGACUGAGCUUAAUGUAAGAACAUUCGAUAUGUCUGCUAAUGCCUUUCUUCGAGAGAUAUCUUUAAAGUGCCCACAGUACAAAGAUGAUGAAGCAAAAACAGUUCACCUAAUUACUACACUGGAUAACACAACAGAUGAUCUGUUGACCUUGGAAUAUGUAAAGGCUGACAUGAACGGGCCAGAAUUUAAGACCACCUAUAAAAAUGUUGAGCAACUGAUAAAGGUGAAUUUCUCAUCACUGGAUAUCCACCUGCACACAGAGGCUCUUCUAAAUACAAUGAAUUUUCUGACCAACCUGUUGCCACAGUCAGAAAAGCAGGAAUCAGAAAAACCAGUGCAAGAUGCUGAAGAAGAGCCAAAGGAAGAUCUUAAGAAAGCAAUAACACCAAAGAAAUCCAAGUAUGAGGAUGUUAUAAACCUACACGUCUGUGCAGAACUGUCCUGUCUGCGUGUUUUUAUACGUGAACAGAAAUGCAGGAUUUCAGAAAUCAGCAUUCAAGGUCUGGAUUCUCAAGUCAUCAUGAGAAAGAAGGCAACAGAAAUUUUGGCUAAACUGAAAAAUAUUGUUAUUCUAGAUUUGGAUCACAAUGCCCUGUAUAAAAAGGCUGUUUAUAUAACAGGAAAAGAAGUUUUCAGCCUUAAAAUGCUUUCGUACGUUGAUGCCACUGAAGGUACUGCUUACAGUGAUAUGAACAUCGUUGACAGCCAUAUCACAUUAACGGUUGGAUGUAUAGAAGUUAUUUUUGUUAACAAAUUUAUUUCAACAAUUUUGGCUUUUGUAAAUAAUUUUCAAGCUGCUAAGGAAGCGUUGGCAGAAGCCACAGUUCAUGCAGCAGAGAAAGCGGCCACCGGUGUGAAGGAGUUGGCUCAGCAUAGUUACCGCAUGUCACUGGACAUCAAAUUUAAGGCCCCUGUUGUGAUCGUACCUCAGUCAUCAACAUCUUCAAAUCUUUUGGUUGCGGAUCUUGGUCUCAUUACCGUGAAGAACCAGUUCUUCAUUGUUACACCAAAAACUCGUUGCAGCCUCCCUCCUGUGAUUGAUGCCAUGACAGUGAAGCUGAGCGAGCUAAAAUUAUACAGGGCAGUUUGUGAAAAAGGUAUAGUGCAACCAGAAGUGGAGCUGCUACAGCCACUCAAUCUGGAUAUUACCAUAGAGCGUAAUCUGGCAGCCGCCUGGUACGGUGAGAUUCCUGAUAUUAACAUUACUGGACAUCUUAAGCCAAUGAAUCUUGGUCUUGGGCAAGAAGACCUGACUUUGAUACUAAGGACAUUGAAUGAGAAUUUAGGAGAAACUUCUGAAAUAUCACAGUCGGAGUGUGAGAAAAAGACGUCAGCAGAAACUUGCAGUGGUGAGAACCUGAAUAGCCAUCUCUCUGCAGGAACAACAGUGGUUACAGCAGCAGUUGUGGAAACAUAUGCUCCCGUUAAAGUGAAAACAACUCUGAAGAUGGAUUUUCAGUUUGAUUCCCUUACAUUAAAUUUGUAUAGUUCAAAAUCACUGCAGAUUCAUGCACUGGAAAGAGAUGCUGCUUUAAAACUUGCCGAAUUUAAGUUGGGUUUAAUUUCGACUGCUCUCAAAAUGUCAUCUGAUGGGGCAAUGAAUGCUGCUGUCAAAUUAACAAACUGCACACUGGAUGAUAAAAGGCAGGCCGUCCAGAAAGCUACGCCAAGAAUGUUAGAAAUGAAGCAUGGAUGUGAGAAAAAUGUUAUGGUAGAUAUGUGUUACAAACAGGGAAGAGAAGGCACAGUGAUGGAUGUGAUUGUUCGGGACAUCUACCUAUGUGCUAGCAUGGAGUUUCUUCUCACUGUAGCGGACAUAUUUCUUAAAGCCAGUGAGCAAAGUUCGGCUGCCGAAAGGAGCAUCAAACAAACCACAAACACUGCCAAGGGGCCAGAGCCAGCUCCCAUGCAGCCCGUUUCUAAAAUGGAAAUGAACGUUGUGGUUAAAAAUCCAGAGAUUGUGUUUGUGGCAGAUUUAACAAGAGCAGACGCUCCCGCAUUGGUUCUCACAACCCAGUGUGAGCUCACUAUUAAAAACAGCCCUGAUAUGCAGCAAAUGGUGGCUGCUGUGAGAGACCUGCACAUGAAGGCUUGCCCUUUCCUGCCUGACAAAAGAGCAGGGAAUGUCACCACGAUACUCCAACCAUGUGAUCUACUUUUUCAAAGCAUUCAGUCUGGUAGUGACCCACGAAGAAUAGAACUGUGCUUAAAAUCACUGAUAUUGAAGGUUUCUCCAGUUAUAAUAAACACCGUUAUUACAAUCACAUCCGCUAUUUCACCCAGUAAAGAAGAAGUUCCAGAUGUAAUCAGCCCGGUUCCAAUAGACCUCUGGGGAAAGAAGGAUGUGAAAAACUUAAAAAUGUGGUUUCUGGAGGAAGAAAAGGAAGAUGGAAAUGCCUCAAAUGAAGGAUCUAAGUUGGUCCUUACAGGAGAAUCGCUCAAAUUAAACAUUGAAACAAUCAUCGUGACUCUUGAAGCUGGUGUUGGGCACAGAACAUUACCAAUGCUUUUAGCCAAAUCUACAUUCUCUGGCGAUGUGAAGAACUGGAGUACACUUAUUAACCUGCACUGUCAGCUCGACUUGGAGGUUCAUUAUUACAAUGAGGUUUUUGGUGUGUGGGAGCCUUUGCUGGAACCUAUUGAAGUUGAGGAAAGUGAUGAUUUCCGGCCUUGGAGUCUUGAAUUUAAGAUGAAAAAGAAAUUAAGAAAGCAACUUACUGAGACAGAUGGUAAUGAAGAGAAUUACAAGAUACCAGAAUACAUAACUGCAAUACACAUCUUUUCAAAAGAUUAUCUGAACAUCACGCUGUCUAAAUGUGGCAUUCUUAUGCUUACUAACUUAGGGCAGGCAUUUGCUGAAGCAGCGAACGAAACAGCCGAUGUCUUAAAAAAAGAUCAAGCUCCGUUUGUUGUCAGAAAUUCUCUGGGGCUUGCAGUUUCUGUUUCUCUAAGCGAUUCUUUCACACCUUUAAAUAUUGAAUCUGAUACAAAGAAAGUAGCCUUAAAUGAUGGAGAGUGCCUUAGCAUGGAUUAUAUCAGAUCUAAGAGUCAAACUGACAUGUUUUCAGCAAUGACCAGUCUUAGCAGCAAGCACUUCUACAUCAUACUGACACCACUGAACCAUUCGUCCACAGAAAAAAUUCCACUAACCAAAGUGGGCCGCAGCCUUUAUUGUGUAUGGCAUUCAGACUCUGGUGUGGAACGUUACAUAGUUUGUCAGGUUGAUACUGUGGAAGGAGCCAAAUGCAUAACAAUUCGUUCUCCAUUACAGAUCAGAAAUCAUUUUUCAAUUGAAUUUAAUGUUUAUGAAGAAGGAGUGCUCUUAGGGACUGCUGCACCAGAAGAUGACUUUUACAUCCCUUUGUCGUCUUACAGAUCGUCCCUGUCUUUGAAACCAGUGCAAGAUGAAGAAUAUGAGGUGUGUGAAGGAAUCAGCUUUGAAGAAAUCAUGAAGAAUGAUGGCCAGCUGCUGCAGAAGAAAUGCCAGUCUUUACAAUCUAAGAAAGAUUCCAUCACUGUAAACAUUUCUCCGGUGAAAGAUGUGCUCGUUACUUCUGUUUGCACGGAUGACAAGUGGGACUUGCCUUAUGUGGUUCAUUUGUGGCCAGCUGUGGUUCUUCGCAAUCUUUUACCUUACCAGAUUACUUAUGUUUUGGAAGAUGUCGACACCGACCCAGUUCUCAUCGAAGAUGGUUGCUCAGCCCAGAUAUAUAAUGCUGUUGUUGAUCAAAGCAGACUGAAAUUACAAUUAUUAAAUUAUCUUGAUCUAAACUGGAAAGCGAAGUACCAAAUUCAAAGCAAACAGCAGGACAUCCACUUCAUCACAUUCCACUGUGACUCUGAGCUUGAGAAGUCCGAGCUGGAUAUUGCUAUCCAUGUCACCUAUACCACUGGUCAAACCAUCAUAGCAAUCCACAGCCCAUACUGGAUGGUAAAUAAAACUGGACGGAUGCUGCAGUACAAAGCAGAUGAUAUUCAUCGCAAACAUCCUGCCAAUCACAAGAUGCCUCUUCUUUUCUCAUUCAAACCAAAAAACUUCUUUCAAAAUAACAAGGUGCAACUUAUGAUAACAGACAGUGAACUCUCUGACCCAUUUUCUAUGGACACCGUUGGCAGUCAUGGUGCUGUUAAAUGCAAGAGUAAACAAAUGGAUUACCAAGUUGGAGUUACUAUUUAUGCCAGCAGUUUUAAUCUCACUAGAAUUGUCACCUUUACUCCAUUUUUUAUGAUUACAAACAGAAGUGACUAUAAGCUGAAUGCCAUUGAGGAAGGUGGGGAGAGAUGGAUCACUGUGGGUUGUGAACAGUGUGUACCGUUUUGGCCUGACAACACUGAUAACAUGUUGGUUGUUCAAAUUGAAGGCUCACAAACUCCUUCUAAAAAAAUAUAUUUCAAUAAGCAAGAUAACUCCACUUUGCUUCGGCUAGAUGAUAAGUUUGGAGCCAUAUUAGUGGAUGUCACCCUUCGAGAACAUUCCACUGUUAUCACCUUUUCAAAUUACCAUAAAGGGGCAGCACCUUUUCUUUUAAUCAAUCAUACAAAUGCAGAGACAAUAGAGUUUUUCCAAAGCUCAGUCAAUGGACUUAAAGAGAGCCUACCACCAGGAAAAGCUGUCUUUUAUGCUUGGGAAGACCCUACAAGUCAACGAGAAUUGACUUGGACAUGUGGAAGCAUGAGUGGAGUUCUUACUCAAACAAAAGACAGAGUUGAAUAUCUCCAGCUAGAGAAUAGUGUUGUUCACUUGGUGUCAUUCUUGGAAGGCUUGCAACGGAUUGUUCUGUUUACUGUAGAUGAAAGUGUCUUCCAAGUGACUUUGGACAAUGAGAAAGCUGAAUUAGCAGAGCAGGAAAUCACUAUAUCACUCUCAAACAUGGGCAUCUCCUUGGUAAACAAUUAUACAAAGCAGGAAGUUUCCUACAUUGGAAUUAGCAGCUCAGAUAUUGUUUGGGAAACUAAGAAAAAAUCAAGAUGGAGACCACUGAGCAUAAAACAGACUGAAACGUUAGAGGAAAUCUAUAAAGAAUAUAGUGAAUCUACUCCAACAGAAAACAAAAUCGUGGAGCUGGAUCCUAAUAACCAGGUUUGCCUGACACCCACCUUUACAAACAUGAAGUUUAUACAGCCCCCUUCAGCACCUGUAAGGAGGAGUUUUUUGCCUGCCGUGAAGAUAGAAUACUCUUCUUCAGCACAUCAAACAUCCAUCAGACUUCAGGUCUACAGGAUACAGAUACAAAAUCAGAUUCCUGGAGCUAUUUUCCCCUUUGUGUUUUAUCCUAUAAAACCUCCAAAGUCAGUCACCAUGGACUCAGAGCCAAAGCCAUUCACCGAUGUUAGUAUUGUGAUGCGAACUGCUGGGCAUUCUGAAAUUACACGCAUCAAGUAUUUCAAGGUUUUGAUUCAAGAAAUGGAUCUUCGAAUUGACCUCGGGUUUUUAUAUUCUCUUGCUGACCUCUUUACACAAAGUGGAGAUGUACCAAAAGAUCAAGCAAUUGAGCUUUUUAAGAAGGACGUGGAGUCACUCCAGAUGCAACUGAGCACAGUGUCAUCUACUGAUACAUCACAAGUCAAUCUAUAUGAAUAUUUUCAUAUAUCCCCCCUAAAGUUGCAUUUAAGUUUCUCACUAAGUACUGGAGGAGAUGAUGGAAACAAAGAACAGAGAGACACAGAGUUGAUUCCUGUUCAGUCGUUGAACCUUCUUCUGAAGAGUAUUGGUGCCACUCUGACAGAUGUCCAAGAUGUUGUGUUUAAACUGGCUUAUUUUCAACUUGAAGACCAGUUUCACACCACUCAAGAACUGCAGUGGGAAGUCAUCCGUCACUACUCAAAGCAAGCAAUUAAACAAAUGUAUGUUCUUGUUCUUGGUCUUGAUGUGUUGGGUAACCCAUUUGGAUUCUUUAGAGAUCUGUCUGAAGGCGUAGAAGCAUUUUUCUAUGAACCAUAUCAGGGUGCUAUUCAAGGGCCUGAAGAGUUUGUCGAGGGAAUGGCUUUAGGUGUUAAGGCUCUACUGGGGGGUGCAGUGGGCGGUUUAGCAGGUGCAGCAUCACGCAUCACAAGUGCUAUGGCCAAAGGUGUAGCAGCUAUAACUAUGGACGAAGAUUACCAACAGAAAAGACGAGAAGCUAUGAACAAACAACCCAGUGGGAUUAAGGAAGGCAUUACGCGAGGAGGAAAAGGCCUUGUAUCGGGCUUUGUCAGCGGUAUAACAGGAAUUGUUACCAAACCAAUAAAAGGUGCCCAGAAAGAAGGUGCAGCGGGAUUCUUUAAGGGUAUUGGCAAAGGAUUAGUAGGAGCUGUCACAAGGCCAACUGGAGGAAUAAUAGACAUGGCCAGCAGCACAUUUCAAGGCAUUAAAAGAGCCACAGACACUUCUGAAGAAGUGGAAAGUCUGCGCCCUCCUCGUUUUUUCCAUGAAGAUGGUGUAAUCAGACCAUACAGGUUGAGAGAGGGUACUGGCAGCCAGAUGUUACAGAAAAUUGAAAAUGGACGAUUUGCCAAAUGUAAAUAUUAUGCCCAUGCAAUGAUCAAUAACACAGACUUAUUAAUGGUUAUGAAAAGUGGUGUACUGUUUGUUACCAAAGGAACAUUUGGACAGCUUACAUGUGAAUGGCAGUACAGUUUUGAUGAAUUCACCAAAGAGCCAUUUAUUGUUAGUGGAAGAAGGCUACGCAUUGAAGCAAAGGAACGAGUAAAGUCUGUAUUUCAUGCCAAAGAGUUUGGAAAAAUAAUCAAUUUCAAGACUCCGGAAGAUGCCAAGUGGAUUUUGUCUAAGCUUGAAGAAGUUAGAGAUGGUCAAUCAAAAUCCUAAUCGGAGAACAAGUGACUUCUACCCAGAGCUUGUCCAGUUGCUCGUCACCGACUGUUUAAUUUUCUAAUAAGAUUUUCUUUUAUAUGAAGAAUCACUUACAGUAACUGCUUUUUGAUUUACGAAGAAAUCACUAGAGUGUCAGGUUUUUGUAAGAUCCUCCUGUAUCUAUCUCACAAUAUUUCAUAUGAUGAUGAUGAUGAUCUGAUUGUAUUCUUUCUUGCUAGUGAGUGUGCCCACACAAUGUAUAUAUAUAUAUAUAUGGAUUUAAUAAGUUAUAUUGAAUAGAUUUUACCAGAAUAAAUAUGCAUGUGUAAA